AUGAGAGAUAAAGAAAAUCUCACUCCAUGUGUUCAACGAGAAAAAAACUUCAAAGAUCCACUGUUAACUCUAAAAACCUUUUUUACUCACAGAAUUUUUAUUAUCUGUAUUCAAGCAGCAAAACAAAAGAUGACAUCGCGUAAAAAGAGUUCCCAACUCGAUUUGAAGUCAAGAAUACCGAAAAAUGUUCAAGUUCUAAAACGAAAUGGAAUCAAAAGAAAACCAAUUACAAAAACGAGCAUCAGUUAUCAAGAGAAUGAAAAGAGGGAAAACAUUUUAAUAAAAAGCGUGGAGGAAAGAUAUCAGGAGUUGUUAGCUUUGAGACAAUCAUCUUCAAACCCAAUUUUGAAAACCAGAAACGGAAAGAAACCUUAA